AGGCCGACGGCGCUGUUUCCGGAAGUGCUGCAGCGACCCUUCAAACGGCCGCUGGAGCGCAGAGACGCGGUGAAAUGGCCGACGGUGUGGAUCACAUCGACAUCUACGCAGAUGUCGGCGAGGAGUUUAAUCAGGAGACUGAGUACAGUGGACAUGAUCAGAUAGAUUUAUACGACGAUGUCAUAUCGCCAUCUGCCAAUAAUGGAGAUGCACCAGAGGAUCGUGAUUACAUGGAUAGCAUACCACAGUCUGUUUCAGAGGAUGGUGGCAAAACGCCUAACUCAUUGGGUCCAAAUAUUGUUUAUACUUACACAGGCAAGAGAAUAGCUUUGUAUAUUGGAAACCUGACUUGGUGGACCACAGAUGAGGAUUUGACUGAAGCUCUGCAUUCGAUGGGCAUUACUGAUGUCUUGGAGAUAAAGUUUUUUGAGAACCGAGCUAAUGGACAGUCUAAAGGGUUUGCACUUAUUUGUGUGGGAUCUGAAAGUUCAUCCAAAAAACUGAUGGAUAUGCUUCCUAAACGAGAUAUGCACGGACAGAAUCCCAUUGUCACACCCUGCAAUAAGCAGUCACUGAGUCAAUUUGAAAUGCAGUCUCGGAAAUCUACUCAGUCUGGUCAAAUGUCUGGUGAAGGCAAGGCUGGGCCUCCAGGAGCCAACAGUCGCUUAGCAUUUUCCCAAGGUGGAAGGGGACGUGGUCGCUUCCCACCAUCUGGCCCCGGUGGGGACAGAUUCCCAGGACCUUCUGGACCAGGAGGGCCGCCUCCUUUUCCCGGUGAAUAUCAAAGGCAAGGUCCACCACGGCCACCUCCGGGUCCUCCUGGUCCGCCGGGCCCCCCAGGUCCACCUCCACCUGGGCAAGGUCUUCCUCCUCCAAUGGGUGGGCCACCAAAUCGUGGUGACCGUCCUCCUCCUCCAGUUCUGUUUCCAGGGCAACCAUUUGGGCAACCACCAAUGGGACCACUGCCUCCUGGUCCUCCCCCACCUGUUCCAGGCUAUGGUCCUCCUCCUGGCCCCCCUCCUCCUCAACAAGGACCCCCACCCCCACCUGGUCCUUUCCCCCCACGUCCUCCAGGUCCGCUUGGCCCUCCUAUUAAUAUUGCUCCACCUCCACACCUUCCUGGGCCCCCUCCAGGUGCACCACCUCCAGCCCCUCAUGUAAAUCCUGCUUUCUUCCCACCACCAGCAAAUAAUGUAAUUCCUUCAUCUGACAGUCGUGGACCUCCUCCAUCAGAUCCAUAUGGACGCCCCCCACCAUAUGACCGGGGUGACUACGGACCUGCUGGCAGAGACAUGGAUUCUUCAAGGACUCCACUCAGUGAAGCAGAAUUUGAGGAAAUCAUGAAUCGAAACAGAGCAAUUUCCAGCAGUGCAAUAUCAAGGGCUGUGUCGGAUGCUAGUGCUGGUGACUAUGGAAGUGCUAUUGAAACUCUGGUUACUGCUAUUUCUUUGAUUAAACAGUCUAAAGUAUCUGCUGAUGACCGAUGCAAAGUUCUCAUAAGUUCACUACAAGAUUGUCUUCAUGGGAUAGAGUCAAAAUCCUAUGGCUCUGGGUCAAGAAAACGUGAACGUUCACGAGAGAGGGACCACAGCAGAUCAAGAGAGAAAAGCAGGCGCCACAAAGAACGCUCACGAAGUCGUGAUCGGCAUGAUGACUAUUAUCGUGAACGAAGUAGGGAGCGAGAAAGGCAUCGUGACCGUGAACGAGAUAGAGACAGAGAGCGGGACAGAGAACGGGAGUAUCGUCAUCGUUAAAAAAAAAGCUGUCUGAAGAGAAACGUCUCCAGAUAAAAGAAACAACAAAGCUCUUCACAGAAAAGACUGCCCUUUAUCCAUCUGUUGGAAUUUCAUGGUUGAACAGGAAUUCUCAGGCUACGUGGUUAAAUGGAGCAACAGUAACGAAUAAAGCAAAUCCACUGUAAUGGUAACUGAUUGCUCUAUAUUUUUUUUAUGUUGCUUGAUUAACCAUUUUAUUUGGACACAACCUGUGUGACUUAAAAGUUACUAAAAAGCUUUGGCAACUCUUCGUAUUCUAAGCGUUAGACGUACAUGACGUGUAAACAAUUAAAAGUCGUUAGCUUUACUGUUUUUAUAGUUCUUUCAUCUUGUUUCCAAAAUUGUUACAAAAAUGUUAAUGUUCAAAUAAUGACUGUAAGCAGCUCAGUUUCAGUUUAUCAAAAUAGAUGUACUAUUAGUGUUGUAAUAAACUGUUAAAUGGAGCCUAUGGUUGUGUAAAUUAUGCAAGUUCUCAUUCUGUUUCUUGAUGUUGAAUCAUUUUGGCUGUAUGUUGUGAUAUAUUAACUUGAUAAAUUCCAACAUGUAUAAUUUUCCCAUACAUUUGGACCUUUUAGUUAAUCUCCCAUUAUAGAUUUAAUAUAGAAGCAUCUUAAUGUUUUUUUUAAAAUCCAGAUGUGGUUGAUUUAGGAUAUUUUUAACAUGCGUUCACUUCACGUUGGACAUAAAAAUCUCAGCAAUAUAAUCUGUGACAACACUACUUUUUGUAGAAGAACUUUUCUGUUUUGUAUGCCAAAACAUGGUAUUUUGGACUUGAAAUUUUAAUUUUAGUGGAAGGACUUGUCCUGUUUUAUGUUUUUAUAUGCCUCUGUUACCUCAUUUGAGGAGAGGAAUGGUUGUAUUUUAAUGCAGACUAUUUAUUUGGGACUGCCAAAUACUUAGAUUUUUAACUAAUUGAACACAGUACAAGACAAUCUGAAUACAGUUAGCAUAUAGAAG